AUGGUAGACGCCCAGCGAUCCCUGGCCGUCGUAGACUCCAACGCCAAGGCGCUGCUCGACUGGCUCUCGACUUUCAAGGGCUUCUACAACAAGCUUGAGCUGCAGGAUGCCGACGCCGCUGGACGCGGUCUGUUCGCGUACGGCAAGGCUCUCAACUCGCCGCUGAACUCGAUCCCGCUCGAGCUCUUCCCGGCUCUGGCGUCUUCGGACUCGCCCCCGCAGUCGCCGAGCUCCGCUGUCCCGAGGCUCACGACGACGCAGCUCCUCGCCCUCCACCUCGCACUGACCCACGAUGCGCGCGGCAGGCACCGUUCCGAGUGGCAGAUCUUCCUCGACAGCAUUGAGACCGACUUCACCCCAUGGCACCCUCUCACGUGGUCCCUGUCCAAGGACGACUUCUGGCAGACGCUUGAGAGCAGGCUCUCUCGUAGUGUGCGCGUGAAGAUUGACGCCGUCCGGCGGCGAUACGAUGCUGACCUCGCCGUGCUCAAGCGAGUGCUCACGACGGUGGAGCCGUUCAAGUCGCAAGGCGUCAUCGACGCCAUCCCCGAGAACGCCCUGCUUUGGGCGUGGCUGAAUGGUGAAUACAAACGUGAUGGCCACUCUAACGCCCAGUGA